CUGUGUUCAAGCAGACUACCAACAGUCGCAUGGAAACUGCCUGCCCAUUGAGGUCAUCAAUGGAAGUCCCGCUGCGUUGCCAAGGCUCAUAUGUCAGCCUUCCACGUGAUAACAAUCAGCAGAUCACAUGUCAGGCUACGUCCGCGACAAUUGCAUCCUGUUCUGGAUGGAAGAGGUGUACUAGCAGUACGGCCUUUGGUUCACAUUGAUCAUUUCCCUAACCGAGGGCUCAAACCAGGACAGCCCAAUGUAUCGCGACGAUGCCAGUCACUGAACUCAGGCAUCACACUCGCUCCAAACACCGAUAGCAAGCGAACGAUGGCCGAGUUGGCGACCUGCCACGACAACGCGAUUACAUCUUUACAUUCUUCAUGAAUUUCAUCACCACGAGAUAUGACAACGUGCUUGAUCUACUCGAAGAAGUCAUCAGAAGAGAUCCCCCAGUACCCACAGACUUGAUAAUCUGCUCGACGCGCGAUGAAUUCCGUGAGCAACUGUUAGCUCUAGUCAACCAUGAGGAAAGCGACGCUCUAGCGCACGCCCCUGCAACACAAGCUCAGAUUGAUAGUGAGAGUGAGCAUAUCCAGACUAUCGCUCCCACACGCAAACAUAUGCUCCUAUUGCCCACUCUGCAGUUGUUGAAUGCCAGCCGAUUCUGCAACUUGGCAUUCUGCCCAACCACCACAACCCUACGAGGAUAUCUGGCUGGCUACUGCCGGCCGACUUCCCCGAACGCCUCGGGUUCCGCUCGUUCAACGUCAGGUUGGAUUUUCAUCCUAGAUAUUUUGGCAUUACACCACGGCACGUCUGAGUUUACGUUGCAAGGGCUCUCUCAAACGUUCGCAACAGCAGUCUCUGCAGCAUUCAGGACGAAUCGCCAACUUGGACUUGUCGAGUGCAAGGAUAUUCGAGACCCUUCCAGCCCUACUCGAGGACCAUCGCUGUGGAGUGCUGAGGUCCAAUUGCUCAGUUCAGCAAUCAAGAUAGGCGAAGAUGGGGCCACCUGGGGUCGGCGGACGGUUUGUGUGCUGACCAUUGCAAAAAGGUGGUUUCAGGUCCAGAGUACUGAGGGCAAAGAUGAGCAGACCGGACGUCACCAUGCGCGGGUAGAAUCGGCAGAAGAAAUGCUUAUGUGAAGAAAAUCAGUGCAGAGCGUUUGCUUCCCUGUCCAAUAUACAUCAAUGAACGCCAAGACAGCAUUGCAAUGGAACGCCUUGGGGGUAUCUCUAAUCCAGCCUGUGAACUCCGUCAUGCCGAUCGUGAUGCUCCAAUGCCAAUUCAUAUGCUCUGCUCCAUUUCUGUGAUGUACAAUUUGAUAUGCGAUUCGAGCUUCAAGUACUCCUCGUGAGCGGAGUGGACCUCGUUUUCAAUGUUGUCCUUGAGAUCAGCCAUCUGUGGUGUGUUAGCCGCAUUUGCAUUCCUUUGAAUGGGAUCCGAGGCAGAUCUUACCUUUUUCUCGGUCUGCUCUAUUCUCAC